CAAUCCCUGACCAGACGGCUCUCGCUAUUUAGCUAAUUCUCUACUGGCGAAGCAUCACGUGUCUUCUCUACUGAGAUCCUAACUCCCGGAAAUCGUCGGCAAUUCCCGCGGAACCUGCACUUCAUCUAUCGUACCUCUUCGCUUUAAUCAUCAAAUUGUGGAGCUGAUUCUGAAACGGGGGAAUAAUCCGCAGUCUCAAUGCCUGCAAAUCCUGCAGCCACUGCCACUCAGCAGCAACCAAAGCGACGCCGAGUCGGCCUAGCUUGCAUUUCCUGUCGCACCCGAAAAUCCCGUUGCAGCGGCCAACGGCCCAAGUGCAGCACGUGUACUGAGUUAGGGCUGACCUGCCAAUACGUCUCGUCAGGACAGACUGAUCAGACUGUCGUGGUAGGCAAAGAACAAUUUCAAACAAUCGAAGAGCGCUUGCAUCAUCUCGAAUCGCUGCUUGAUCAAGGCCGCACCGGCUCCAAAAGAUCAUGGAGUGAUGUAGACACGCCCGACAUUGAUAACCAGCCUGACCUGACUCCCAACCUUGUCUCCACCAGCGAUGGCCCACUGACUGGCUCAAUCGGGUCGGACGAUCCUACUGAUGGCAUGGGCCAUUUUGUGAUUGCCCAUGAGGAACAUCGACCAUCAUCGAACAUUUCUUUCGCGUCAGAUUUGUCGCGCACCCUGAAACACCUAUCACGCAGCCGCGGCGGGUUUUCAUCUGGCAGCAAGCAGACGACACCGCUAGAUUUUCACAUCGCGCGAGUCUCACGACCGAGCUCGCCAACGUCUCAGUCAGCACAAUGGGCGUCAAAUAACCAUCAGGAAGACCCACUGACGUCGUCGUUUUUCUACCUGCCGCCGGACCAGGAGACUUCGUCAUAUGCGCAGCUGAGGCAGAACUACGCGGCCACACGCCGCACUUGGCUGGGGGUUCUAAACAUGGUGCUCGCCAUGGCCACCCACACGACGGUACUGCCAGUGGGCGAGGUUGACAAGCGUCAAGCCCAGUCCGAGGCAUUCUAUCGCCGUGCACAUGGGCUUUGUUCUGCGCACGUGAUGAAUGGAGCAAGCUUGGAAAUUGCGCAGCCGCCAUGUUUCCGGAAUAAGAUUUCAUAA